CUAAAUUAAAGUGCACUUUAAGAGCCCAGGGUAACGAGGAAGGCUAUGAAAGAAAUCUAUCACCCUCAUUCUUAGAAAGAGAAUUCAUGUGGACUUCCUCAUGAAUUAGGAGAAGGUCUGAGGAGGAAUCCCCCCCUCCCCGACUCCUACCUCUCUGUCCAGUAUAUAUAACGAGAGAUUCUGUCAUCUCACCCAGCACAGCUCCUCUCUCUGAUCCAGAGUCCAGCAGCUCCUCUCUCUGCUUGCAGUCUCCAGUCAAAAUGAACACAGCGUUGAAAUUGAGUGCUCUGCUGAUCCUCGUGCUGCUCGGCUCUCUGGAGCGUGUCUCUUCUGCUGCGGGCUCUGGCACAGGGGCGGACUGCUGCAUAAGCUAUGACAAAAAGAAGAUCCCACUAGCAAGGGUGGUCUCCUGGCAUAAAACCAGCAGCAGCUGUGCCAAAAAAGCCUAUGUGUUUGUUACCAAACGCGGAAGGAGCAUAUGUGUGGAUCCUACUGAUGCUUGGGUGAAGAGGCACGCAGCUCAGGUGGACAGCAGGUCAGCCACCACUGUAGUGCCAGGAACCAGCGAGAUAAACACUAAAGCCUAAGGCCAGCCCUAACACCCCAGCGGGCUGUCAAUCUGUACGAAGACUUCCUUUUGGACACUGCGAUAGGACACACAAGAACAUAAGAGAGGAAUGUAUCUAAUCUGAUAUCCCUGGAUUUCAUUCAUGCAAUAUUGUCUGUUCCUUUCCUGUUCAUAAUGCAUUGUUCCUUUUCCUAUAUUAAUUUUUGUGUGUUAUAAGUUGUACAUAACAUUUUUCCAGGUAACUUAUUAAAUGCUUUUGUAACAAACAUUGUUUCUUGUUUAAUGAUUCUUGGUUAUUCCUGCUUAAAUUCACAAAGCAGGGAAAAAAUUCUUACAGUACAGCAACUUCACUAAACAUUGCAACAUGAUCUAAGAUGAAGUGUACUUACAGCAAACAUUGCUAGUUAAGUGUUCAGCUCAAAUUGCUGAUUUUUUUUAGAUUUUGUUCAAAUAAGGAUGUGACUUAUACCUGGAGAAAACAAUCAUAAGUCACAUGCAUUUUAGCAAUGAAAUGUAGCACUUUUUGGCAAUUUGCUAUAAAAGGUGACUGCUGCACCACCCAGUAACAAUUUUGUAUCAGUUUAAUAUCAUAAUUUUUUAACAUCACAAUAAAAGUAAAUG